GUCAUUUUCUGGUGUUUUCAUGCUGAUGUUGCUCGAGAUGUGAAUAUUUCCUUUAGUGUUUAUCUUUCUUUUCUUUAUAGUAUUCGUAUAUAAGUGGAACUCGGAUUUUAGUCAGCAUGAAAACAAGAUUCACCACUGUGGACAUCAGGGCAGUUAUUGCCGAAAUCAAUGCCAACUACAUUGGCAUGAGAGUGUACAACGUGUAUGACAUCGACAACAAGACUUAUCUUAUCCGUCUACAGAAGCCAGACAGUAAAGCUGUCCUGCUGAUUGAGUCUGGGACUCGCAUUCAUUCCACAGACUUUGAAUGGCCCAAGAACAUGAUGCCUUCAGGCUUUGCAAUGAAAUGUCGUAAACACCUGAAAACACGCCGACUCACCCAAGUUAAACAACUUGGAAUUGACAGGAUUGUGGACAUCCAGUUUGGCUCAGAUGAGGCUGCCUACCACUUGAUCAUUGAACUAUAUGACAGGGGUAACAUCAUUCUUGCAGACCAUGAGUACACAAUCCUGAAUCUGCUGAGAUUUCGUACAGCAGAAGCAGAAGAUGUUAAGAUAGCUGUGAGAGAGCGAUACCCAAUAGAGAGCGCCAAAUUGGCUGAACCUCUCAUCAGUUUGGAGCGACUAACAGAAAUUCUGAUCAAAGCACCGAAUGGAGAGCAAGUGAAAAGGGUUUUGAACCCUCACCUUCCCUAUGGAGCCACUCUGAUAGAGCACAGUUUGAUAGAAGCAGGACUGCCAGGUUCUGUCAAAGUUGACAGUCAGUUUAAUGUCUCUGAAGUUGCACCAAAAAUCCUGGAAGCCCUGCAGAUUGCAGAAACUUACAUGGAAAAAACGGAGAACUUUAGUGGCAAAGGUUUCAUCAUUCAAAAGAGUGAGAAGAAACCCAGUCUAAUUACGGGGAAACCCAGUGAAGAACUACUUACAUAUGAUGAAUUCCAUCCAUUUCUCUUUGCCCAGCAUGCAAAGAGCCCUUAUUUAGAGUUUGAUACUUUUGACAAGGCAGUGGAUGAGUUCUUUUCUAAGACGGAGAGCCAGAAGAUUGAUGUAAAGGCUUUGCAGAAGGAGAAACAGGCGCUGAAGAAGUUGGAGAAUGUUAAGAGGGACCACGAGCAGAGGCUGGAGGUUUUGCACCAAUCACAGGCGGUUGACAGAAUAAAGGGUGAACUUGUGGAGAUGAACCUUCCUGUGGUAGAGAGGGCACUGCAGGUGGUGUGCAGCGCGCUGGCCAACCAGGUGGACUGGACUGAAAUUGGCACUAUUGUCAAGGAAGCCCAAGCUGCUGGGGACCCUGUGGCCUGUGCCAUCAAAGAGCUGAAACUGCAGACCAACCAUAUCACCAUGCUUUUAAAGAAUCCCUAUAUUUCUGAUGAAGAACAGGAAGAGGAGGAGAAAAGUGAUGCAGUGGAGGAGAAAGGGAAGAAAAACAAGAAUAAAGGACAGAAACAAAAGCUGCAAAGGAACAAGCCCAUGUUGGUGGAUGUGGAUCUUGGCUUGUCUGCUUACGCCAAUGCCAAAAGGUACUAUGACCACAAACGUAAUGCUGAAAAGAAGGAGCAGAAAACCAUUGAGGCAGCAGAUAAGGCUAUGAAAUCUGCUGAGAAAAAAACUCAACAAACGCUUAAGGAAGUCCAGACAGUGACCACAAUUCAGAAGGCCAGGAAAAUUUACUGGUUCGAGAAGUUUCUAUGGUUCAUCAGCUCUGAGAACUAUCUUGUCAUUGCUGGACGGGACCAGCAGCAGAACGAGAUGAUUGUUAAACGCUACCUCCGGGCAGGGGAUAUCUAUGUUCAUGCUGACCUCCAUGGAGCAACAAGUUGUGUCAUUAAAAACCCUUCAGGGGAUCCAAUCCCUCCCCGUACUCUGACAGAAGCUGGCACUAUGGCUGUGUGCUACAGUGCUGCUUGGGAUGCCAAGAUUAUCACCAGUGCUUGGUGGGUUCAUCAUCAUCAGGUGUCUAAGACAGCACCCACUGGAGAGUAUCUGACCACAGGAAGUUUCAUGAUCAGAGGGAAGAAAAAUUUUCUGCCACCCUCUUACUUGAUCAUGGGUUUUGGAUUCCUCUUCAAGGUGGAUGAGCAGAGUGUGUUUCGGCACCGAGGGGAGCGAAAGGUCAAAUCGGUCGAAGAAGACAUGGAGGAGGUCACAUCCAGAACUGCUGAGCUGUUAGAGGAAGGAGAGGAGCUGAUGGGGGAUGACAGCAGCAAUGAAGACCUGGAAGAGUUAAAAGCAGAAGAUGGAGAGCCCCGCGGCAUGGAAAACAAGAUAAAAAAGGAGAACGAUGUAGAGAUGGAUGGUGAUGUCAGAGAAAUGGGAGCUACUCCUGAGGAGGCUGCAGCAGAUGCAGGAGGGAUGCAGUUAGAGAACAACAACAUGGAGGAGCACAGAGAGGAAGACAGCACUAAAGAAAAGGAGCUCAAGAGUGAAGAAAGUGAAGAAUUCAGUUUUCCAGACACAACCAUCUCCCUCUCUCAUUUACAACCCAGCAGAAGUGCUCAGAAUCCUGGAUUUAAAAAGGAAAAAACAACUCAGGCCCAGGUGGAUUCACAAGGUAGAAAACACAUGACUGCAAAGCAGAGGAGGGAAGAGAAGAAGAAGCAGAAACAGGAGAGCAUCGCCACUGAAGAGAAGAUGGAGAUGUCAUCUGAUGGAUCUGGGAUGGACCAGGGGUCCAAAAGUGGAGGAGGGCCUUCACAGCCGCCUCUGAAGAGGGGACAAAAGAACAAACUAAAGAAGAUCAAAGAAAAGUACAAAGACCAAGAUGAAGAGGACAGAGAGCUGAUGAUGCAGCUGCUUGGGUCAGCUGGCUCUGCCAAGGACGAGAAGGGGAAAAAAGGAAAGAAAGGGAAGGGAAAAGAGGAGCCUGCCAGGAAACCUGCCUCUCAAAAACAACAGCAGAAACCUCGUCAUGUGGUUACUGCAGAGAAGAAACCAGAGCAGACAGGAGGCGGGGAGGAGGAGGAGAGGCCAGCUGGAGAUGAAGGAGGUCCUGGAGAGCAGGAGGACAAGGAAGAAGAGGUGGACCAGGACAACCCCGGCGCAGAGGAAGCAGAGAGUCUGCUCACCUCUCUGACCGGCCAGCCUCACCCUGAGGAUGUGCUGCUGUUCGCUGUGCCAGUCUGUGCUCCAUACAGUGCCCUUUCCAACUGCAAACACAAAGUGAAACUUACACCAGGUUCUCAGAAGAAAGGGAAAGCUGCUCGAACUGCCGUACUCAGUUUUAUGAAAGCCAAAGAAGCCUCAUCCAGAGAAAAAGACUUGUUCCGCAGUGUCAAGGAUGGAGACCUUUCCCGAAACAUGCCAGGGAAAGUUAAGGUAUCUGCUCCAAACUUGCUGGCUGCGAAGAAGAAAUGAGUGAGGGGUGAAUAUGGACCUGUCAAGAACUGCAACAUAUAUUUCAUCAGCACAUACCUGCAGUUUAUUGGGACUUUAUCUGCAUCAAGGUCAUCGGGGUUGCAGAUUCCUCCUCAGUUCUGCUCCCUUGUUUGUAUAAGAACUCUUAUUUUAAAGAUUGAUUGUAUUUGAUGAUCAGCAAGAAGAAAAGAAAAAGAGACCUUAAGUCACUGUAUGUGUUUAUUCCUUGAGUACAAAGUAGGCAUUGCAAUAACAGUUUACAUUGUAGCCUACAGUUUAAAAAAAAAAUAACAUCAAGGUAAUUUUGUGCAAACCAGGCAAGUACAAAAAGUCCUACCAACAUGAGGCAUCUCAGUGCAACGUGGCUCAACAUCCAAUACGCUCACUAUAUAUGAAGUUAUCCAUUAAAUUAAAAUGCUACAGGAGCCAACAAUUUAAAGGCUAUGAAAGCCUCUUUGAGAUCACAGAACUCACACACACUUCCUCAGCAACAUAUAAAUAACUGUAUAUACACAAAUAACUGAAAGUUUACAUUUCUGAUUUCAGAGUAUAGUCUUAAUUAGCAUAAAGCACUAGUUUUAGGUCUGUGAGGACCAAAGUAAAUAAGCCCCGGUUAAGCAAACAUCUGUGUUCAAGAUCAAAAAUUAAUGACAAAAUGCUCCCCCUCCCAAAAAAGCGUCAGUUAAAUCAAAAUAGUAUUUUGGACUUCCCAAUUCUGCAUUUAGUGUUAAGACAGUGUUGACAUGCUAAGAU